AUGUCAAAACAUUCAGAUAAUGAUCAUUUACGUAAUGAUAUCUAUGAAAAUCUACCCUGUCAGGCUAUGUUCAAUGAGUCGGUACGUAAGAUACAACAGCAAAAAUCGGCUCAGGCUGCUGCACAUAAUCCCAAUAACAUCAAUUUGAAUAAGGCAUUGUCCCAACAAUUGCUGCUGAAUAAUAUCAGUAAUCAGGGUUCACAUUUGGCCAAUGUCAAUUUGGCUAAUUCCAAUUCAAAUUCAAAUUCGGCGCCCAAUAAUAAACAUCAAAAUGCGGUGGCGGCGGGGCGACAUGGCAUUAGUGUGGGACAAAUGCCCAAGGAAAUGAUCUAUGCCACACCUCUGCGUAAAUCGGAUCGUUAUAAAAGUGGUGAACGUAGCCGUUUGGCAGCGGCUGCCGCUUCCGCACGUCCCUUAAAUGAAAAUGAGCUGACGACGGGAACAACAGCAGCCGAUGUAAAGUUAAGCAAUAUUAUGGAUUAUAAACAAUUGAAUACGCCAAGGGAUAGUAAUCCUAGUAAUCGUAAUGGCAAUACGGUGGUACCCAUUACAGAUCUCGACGAUGAACCUGAUUCGGGUUGUACAUCCAGCAAUAUGUAUGCAAAUCGUGGAGUACCUUUGAACUGUGGCAAUGGUGGCCCCGGAAAUUCCACACCCAAUCAUCAGCUGGAAGACCGCAGAAUCUUAAAUUUCCUCAAAGAUACUACUCAACUGCAAAAGAAAAUGGAAAUAUCCGGCAAAGAUUGUCCCAACUCGAGUUUCUCCAAUUUGGCCCGUGAAGAACAUUUCGCCAAUUUGGUACAACAGAAUUUCCCCCUCGAGGUGGCACGUAAAAGUUUUGAUCCUGAAAAUGAAAUGGAAGCUGCCUUGGAGGGGGCCACCAAUGGUUUGGGCCUUGAAGAUACUUCCGAUAAUUUAGAAGUCUUCAUGCAAAAGAAAAUCUCACCCGACAAGGAGGUAAAUGGUUUUGGCGCCCAACGUGAAUACGGUCAUCAUCAUUCGCAGCAGCAGCAUCAUCAUCACCACCACCAUCAACAUCGUUAUGGUUCUAAGGUCUAUAUAAAUCGUGAAUGGGUCUUAAAGAAAAUAGCCAUGUGUUUGGAACAGAGAACGGCUGGGAAGAAAGCCAUACCGGGUCUCUUGGGACCCACGGCGGCAAAUGGUGGUAAAAAUGAAGCAGCCGGUGGAUUUAUGUCCUCCAGAGCCAAGGCGGCAGCCAUAUCUGCAUCCACCUAUAAUGGUUGUUUGGUUUUGGGUUCAAAUGGUUCGGGGAAAACCAGUAUUUGUCAGGCCAUAAUGAAUGGCAAUUCCGGCACAAGAGGUCUACUGAAUCGCAAGCUAUUGGCCUCCUAUCUAAUUGAGUCACAAAAUCCCGAAUGCCACAGCCUCUCGUUGUUUAUACGGAAAAUUGUGCUACAAAUCCUAAGUCAUUCGUCGUUAAUCGCCAAAGAUGAAAGCCAGCGUAUCAUUGAUGAAGGUUUCUCUUUUCUGCACGAUGAGGUCCAGCAACAGGAAUCGAAAUUGGAUGAGGCCAUGAAUAACAUUUCCUUGGAUGAAAAUGCCGAAGAUAUUCUUAUAGCCGAACUGAAGAGGGGUGCCAAAGAAUGUGAUAUUGCUGAACUGGAAAAUUUCCAUGAACGUCGCACCUCCACCUCGAAGAAAGGGGAAAAUUUACAAUUGAUGAGACAAAAAUCGGAACCUGUACCACCACAACAAAUGUCGGGUGGGGAUGAUGAGGAUCAUUUUACGGGAGAAGAUAAAAAAUGUUAUGGUACCCAUCCUCCAAAGGGUCAAAAGAAAAAGGCGCAUAAAGAAUAUGAUGAGAAUAAAGAUAAUGAUACGGAGAAAAUGAGAAAACGUGAAGAAUCCGAUAGGGAUUUACCCUCCUCGAGUAAAACCAGUCCGGGACGGAAAUCCAAAAUACCAGUUAAAUUAUCCCGACCCGGGAACAUAGCCUCACCGGUUAAACAUAUUAACAGCAGUUUAAGUUUGCCGAAUAAUCAGAAUCAGCAUGCCUCGCCCCAGCAGGGUGGCGGAGAGGAUAUUGCCUCUGUGGUCAAUGAAGAUUUAAAGCAGGAAAUUCAAGCAGCCAUACGUGAUGAGGGGGAGGACACUCAGGAACAACAUAAAGAUGAAGAGGAGAAACAAAACAACGAAGAUAAACCUGAGGCCGACAAGGAUAUGAUGGAGGAGGAGUUUAAAAAUAAAGAAAAAGAUCAGCGAAGAGAAUCCGCGGAAAAUGCGGAAGCUAAGGAGAGUGAAAAAGAAAAUGAUUUAAUUGAUUUUGAAACAAAAUCCAAGGACUCGCCGAAGGCAGAUGAGUAUGACGACUCAAAGCCCGACUCAAUGGCCGGUGGCUGCUUCAAUACCCUACCACCACCCUUGCCUAAGACCAAAAGUUGCCGCACCAUUAUUGCCGAUGGUUAUUAUGAAAUGUUACUUUCCAAUCCGGAAAUAUUUGAAUGCUUAACUGUGGAUAAUAUCGAAAAGAAUCCCGAUGAGUGUUUCAAAAAGGCCAUAUUGUUUCCGCUGCUGGAAUUGACACCACCCAAAACAGCUUUACUGCUGCUAAUCGAUUCCAUUGAUGAAAAUUACAUUAAUGAGGGAAAUUUGAUAUCCACCCUGAAGGGAGGACGUGGCGGAGGUACCACCCAUAAAAGUCGCAAUGUGGCCGAGUUGCUAUCGAACCACAUUCACCUCUUCCCCAAGUGGCUAUUCUUGGUUUGUACGACCAAGAAGCAAACCAAACAAAUUACCCGCAUGUUUUCGGGUUUCAAGAAAAUCACCCUAGAUGAUCUGCGAAAAUCUCAUGUGGUCAAAGAUGUCCAAGAGUACAUUAUAAAUCGUUUGAAUUCCGAUUUCAAGGAUAGCAUUAUGUUGACCAAGGAAAUUAUCGAGUCGCUACAUCAACUCUAUAUCAAAUCGAAUGGUUGUAUUUUAUAUUUGGAAAAGGUUUUGAAUGGCAUCAAGGAGAAUUUCUUUAGUUUCCGUGAGAUCAAACUGAUACCCUGUACCCUGAAUGGCCUGUAUUUGUAUAUAUGCCAGAAAUCGUUUAAUAAAAAGCAAUAUAUGAAAAUACGGCCAGUACUGAAUGUCCUGCUGGCCUCUUCGGGCUAUGUCGACAAACUGUUCCUGUUCAAUUGCCUGAGGACCCACAACUACACCAUCGACAAUGAGGAGUUUGAAAAGCGUCUGCAUCUAAUGAAGAAUAUUCUACUCUACGAUAGUGAUCAGAAGCGAUUGAAAAUAUUCCACAAUUCCUUUUCGGAUUGGUUGGUUGAUGUCAAGUUUGCCACGAAGAAAUUUAUCUGCGAUGUCAACGAGGGUCAUGUCAUGAUUUCUUUGUAUUAUCUUCUGGUCGCUGAGACCCUUUGUGCCAAUACUGUACGGAAGUUCAUUUAUCACCUUAUCAAAUCGGGGGAGUAUCUCACCAAUCGCAACAUAGAUUUGGAUAUGAUUUUAAUGCUGCUGGAGUCAAGGGUAAAUCUGAACGAUUGCUUCUACACGAAUCAUCUGAAUUGCUGCUCCAUGUGUGAAUUGGAUUUUAAAAAUGAUCCCAACUUUUUACCCAAAACCCGCAACAUGAUUGAGAAAUUCCUAAACAACGAAUUGUGUGAUGAAUUUUCACAGCUACUGUGUGAUUUCUUUAAACCCAGUCUACCGACAGAUGCCAAGAUACUCAAGUUGCUGAUUGAAACUGGGAUCAAUAAUGCCGAUAACCAAACAUCUUGCGAAUCUUCGCUAAUGUCUCCCGAACUUUCCGAAAGAUCACAAAAUAUUGAUUUUGAAUUGGCGGAUUUGCUGAUUUCCAGUGAGCGUUCAUGUAUUAUGGAAACCCAAAGGCCCUCUAGUCCUUCGGAAAAAAGUGAACCUCAUCAUGAGAGUCAGGAGGAUAAUGCCUCCUCCACACUGCAUCAACUAUCUGACUCCAAUCGCAUCGAAUUGCACAAGGGCAAGGCUUUAAUACACAUUCUAGCCAAUGAUGGUAAUCAUUUGUUGCUCGAGAGGGCCCUGAAUGCCUGUAAGGGACCCAUUGAUCUCGAAAUAGAAGAUUAUAAUGGACAAACUGCUCUGAAUAUUGCUGCACGAAAUGGCCACUUGGAUGUUGUCAAAUUGUUACUGAAUUUCUCCCAACCCUGCAAUGAUGGUACCGGACGCAUGAAACGUGUUGAUGUCAAUCAUGCCGAUCGUGAUGGUUGGACGCCACUACGUUCAGCCUCCUGGGGUGGUCACACCGAGGUUGUCAAACUACUCAUUGCCCAUCCGGCAUGUAAAAUUGACUUAGCCGAUAAGGAGGGCCGUACUGCUUUACGUGCAGCUGCUUGGAGUGGCCACGAGGAUAUACUCAAAAUCCUAAUUGAACAUGGUGCUGAUGUAAAUUCCGUUGAUCGUCAGGGACGCACAUCUCUCAUUGCGGCCUCGUAUAUGGGUCACUAUGACAUUGUUGAAAUCCUGCUGGAAAAUGGUGCCAAUGUUAAUCAUUUGGAUUUAGAUGGUCGCAGUGCCCUCUGUGUUGCCGCAUUGUGUGGCUCCUCAGGUUAUAGCAAAGUUAUAUCCACACUUCUUGAACAUGGUGCCAAUACCGAUCAACUGGACAAUGAUGGCAUGUCCCCGCUCUUGGUUAGCUCCUUUGAAGGUAAUGCCGAAGUGUGUGAACUCCUAUUGGAAAAUGGUGCUGAUCCUGAUUUGGCCGACUUUAUGGGUCGUACUCCCCUAUGGGCUGCCUGUACCGCCGGCCAUGCAAAUGUUGUAAAACUUCUACUAUUCUGGGGUUGUGGCAUCGACUGCAUGGAUUCCGAGGGUAGAACGGUGCUCAGCAUAGCUGCUGCUCAGGGAAAUAUUGAAACAGUACGUCAACUGCUCGACCGUGGCCUCGACGAAACACAUCGUGAUAAUGCCGGCUGGACACCGCUGCACUAUGCCGCCUUUGAGGGUUUCCAUGAAGUGUGCCUGCAACUACUCGAAUCGGGCGCCAAAAUUGAUGAAUGCGAUAAUGAGGGUAAAACCGCUCUACAUUUAGCCGCUCAGGAAGGACGCACCCAGUGUGUACAGGUUCUACUCGAAUGCCUGUCGACAUUUGUCGACCAGAAGGCACACGAUGGCAAGACAGCUUUUCGUUUGGCCUGCAUUGAGGGUCAUUUGGAAACGGUACAAUAUUUGCUAAAAUAUAAUUGCGAUGUUAAUUCGAAAGAUGCGGAUUCGCGUACGACACUCUACAUUCUGGCAUUGGAAAAUAAAUUGGAAAUGGUGAAGUAUUUAUUGGAAUUCACCGAUGUUGAUGUGAACAUUUCGGAUAGUGAGGGUCGAACGGCUCUACAUGUGGCUGCCUGGCAGGGUCAUGCGGAAAUGGUUAAAAUGCUAAUCACUUUGGGUAAUGCUGAUGUCAAUGCCAUGGAUUUGGAGGCCCGUACACCCUUACAUUCGUGUGCCUGGCAGGGUAAUCAUGAUGUCAUGAAUAUACUAUUGUAUUUUGGUGCUUUGGCCGAUCAUGCCUGUAAACAGGGUGCCACGGCGUUGGGUAUUUCGGCGCAAGAGGGUCAUGAGAAGUGUGUGGUGGCCCUGCUUAAGUAUGGUGCUAAUCCCUAUAAAUCCGAUCAUUGUGGUCGUACACCCAUUAAAUUGGCCGCCAAAUCGAAUCGCACAAAUAUUUUAAAGAUUUUCGAUAAUUAUACCAAAAACGAAGCCAAUCAAGCCAUGGAUGCAGCGGCUAAAUUCCAUCAUGGCAAUAUCUUACGUUCACCUGAUCAACAACCACCCUCAAUACCGGCUCAUGCCAAUUUAGGUGGCAUGGGUAUUUUGCCCUCGGGCUCGCCCUAUCCACCACAACAACAUGCCUCAGCUUCGUCGGUUUGUUCGGCCGCCACCACGGCCACGGUGAAUAAUAAUAUGGCAGCACCUAGUAUCUUAAAUGCCUCAAGCUCAACACAUAGUUCGAAUAAUUUCUAUCAGAAUACAAUGCAAUCGGAUACAAGUAGUUUGCACAAACGUAAAAGUGUUAUAUCUAGUCAAUCAACCGGGAGCAGUAAUGAUCAGGCACCUUUAACAUUUACCCAACAGUUACAACGACAAACCAAGCUUAGCUCACGCAAUAAUCCAUUUAUGCAAAAUGCACCAAUUGUUAAUUCCAAGCACAGCAAUUCAGCUUCAUCGUCUUCGUUGGGCCACAAGGCUGGCGGCGGAGGAGGUGGCGGUGGUCAUCAUCGUCAUUCUCAAAUAUUACCCGAUCUCAGUGAACAUCAAAUGGCUACCCAUAUGGCCAGCAAUGAGGCUGAUCUAUAUGACAUGGAGUGUAUGUCACCACUGUACGCUACACCACCACAUUCGCCAAGCAGUGAACUUAGUUCACCGGGACAAUUGCCUUCUAUAAAUAAUAUUGAUGAUUGUACUGGCGGUGCAUCAGCAUUAAAUGGCGGUUGUGGUAAUGGUGGUGGACCCAGUAGUAGCAGUUCCGGUGGUAAAUCUGUUUUGCCAGAUAAUCAUUUUGCCCGCGAUACGCAUAUGCGUAUUAUAUUGGGUAAUUUGAAAGAGAAUCAGGCUAGUUCAUCAAGCAAAAGUAAACGCAGCGGCAUUACAACAAAUCCAGCAAUGCGUCUCAUACGCAGUCGUUUCGAUUCGGCAGCCCAACUCAUCCGGCGAACAAAUAAUAUAUUAUCGAGCAAUAGCCAAGGAUCCUCAAGUAUAGGUGUUAAAUCGGGUACUUUCCAGUGGCGCAAAGAAAGUCAAAUGUAAAUUAUUAA